AUGGGAAACGCUGACACGAAAUUAAACUUCAGGAAAGCUGUAGUUCAGCUCACCUCUAAAACACAGCCUGUGGAGGCGAACGACGAUGAUUUCUGGGAUCAGUUCUGGUCGGAGACAGUGACAAAUGUGCAGGAUGUGUUUGCACUGGUGCCCGGGGCGGAGAUUCGGGCGCUACGUGAGGAGUCGCCGAAUAACUUGGCUACCCUAGUUUAUAAGGCCGUAGAGAAGUUGGUCAAGAUCGUGGACAGCAGCUGUAGGACACAAAGGGAGCAGCAGACAGCUCUUAACUGUGCCCGGCUGUUGACCCGUAUAAUUCCAUACAUGCUGGAAGACCCGGAAUGGCAUGGAUUCUUCUGGUCAUCCCUGCCUGCUGCAGCAGAAAAUGAGUCCAUACCUCUAGCACAAUCACUUGUGAAUGCUGUUUGUGAUCUCCUAUUCUGUCCUGACUUCACAGUAACGAGCACCAAACGAUCGGGCCCUGAACGUGCUGAAGAGCUGUCUUCCUUGGACAGUUGCGAAUAUAUCUGGGCGGGCGGCGUCGGGUUCGCCCGUUCCCCACCACGCGUGGCAACGCACGACGCUGCCCGGACCGAUCUGCUGCGGUUGCUACUGGCCGCAGCAAGCGAGACCAUCUAUGUACCUCCACAACAGGCGCAUUCGCAUCAUAAUAAGUGGAUUGCGUACCUGACUAGCCCUGAAAAUCGGCACGCACUGCCUCUGUUCACGUCACUUCUCAACACAGUCUGCUCGUACGAUCCAGUCGGUCUCGGCUUGCCAUAUAAUCAUCUCCUGUUUUCUGACACUCUCGAGCCUCUAGUCGAGGUGGCGCUGCAAAUUCUCAUUGUGACACUGGAUCACGACACUAGCAACUCUGCCAAUCAAGACUCGGACGAGCAAAGUCUACCUGACAACUUGUUCAUAAAUUACCUGUCGCGCAUCCACCGUGACGAGGAUUUCUACUUCAUCCUGCGAGGAGUGACGCGGCUUCUCAACAAUCCUCUGGCGCAGACCUACCUGCCCAAUUCCGCUAAGAAGGUCAUGCUGCAUCAAGAGCUGCUGGUUCUCUUUUGGAAGAUGUGCGACUAUAAUAAGAAAUUCAUGUACUACGUUCUGAAGAGCAGCGAUGUCUUGGAAGUCCUGGUGCCCAUAUUAUACCACCUCAACGACUCGAGGGCAGAUCAGUGUUUUUCGAGUGAUUCGAGAUCGACGAGCGCGGAGUCGGUGGCAGAGACCCCAAUGGAAGGCUCCCACCCGGCACAGCCUGCGGAGCCCGGCACCCUCAACGCUACCUUACCGGAAACACCAGGCUACAAAAGCAUGCACUUGUUACGCGAGCCUCAAUGUGCCAUCGCAGCAAUGACGGAACGCGAGUCGGCACAUCCUCCCACGCAACCAACGAUCACUAGCAGCGACCAACUGCUGCCACAGAGGGAUGGAGGGGACGGGGCGGACCGCGCUGAGGACAGCGCUGAUGAUAAGCAGGACACACGCGCUGUAGUACGCAGAGACAGUAUGCGGCUCACCAGCAGUGGCAAUGAGCGACGACCGAGCGAAGGGUCAGGUGGAAGGGAAGGGGGAACUGCGCCAGGAGGGUGGAAGGCCAGUGCCGAGUGGGUGUCGAGCUGGCGGGCCAAGCUGCCACUGCAGACCAUCAUGCGACUACUGCAGGUCCUCGUGCCGCAGGUAGAGAAGAUCUGCAUCGACAAGGGUCUAACAGACGAGUCGGAGAUACUCCGCUUCCUCCAGCACGGCACGUUGGUUGGUCUGCUCCCCGUGCCGCACCCCAUCCUCAUCCGCAAGUACCAGGCCAACGCCGGCACGGCUGCGUGGUUCCGCACAUACAUGUGGGGCGUCAUUUAUAUACGCAACGUGGACCCACCGAUCUGGUACGACACAAAUGUGAAGCUGUUCGAGAUCCAACGCGUAUGAACUGACGACCUUCGAUGCACCGACGACCUCAGCAAGCGAUGACCUCGUGACAUGACACUUAGUUAGUUAAACUACAUCUGAGUUGAAUUAUUUCUUAGAUAUUUUUUUAUACGUGAACGUUCUUGCCUUUUAAGGAUUUUGAUAUGGACGCGAUACAAAAUUGGGUUACGCUACAGAUGUAGUGAAUAAACAUCGGGGCAACUCGAAAACCCCGAAUGCUGUUGCUAAGGCUAUAAAAUAUCAUAUUAAUUAUUCACAUAGCAAAACCCAGUUAUUCCUACUGAUUCAAUUAAACAAAUCGAUCCAUUCAAUUAAUUAAUCGAUUUGUAGUUGGCAGUACAAGUUGGUUGUCACUAAACUGUCUAUGGUCGGGUAUAACUGCUUCCGUGGCCGAACGAUUACCAUGCAUAGGGCGUAUAUUUACUUCUCUCGUGAGUUUGGGUGUAAUUUGUGGUUGUCCAUGGCAUUCGCGAUACAGGGUUUCCCUAGUGCGGGGCUAUGACUGUGUGCUUACCUUAAUAAAGGUUAUUUCGUUAUAGCACAAGACUACAGUGAUGAACAUCUUAUUUUUUUCAAAUUGUGUACAACCUCUAGGUACAACUUAAAUAAUAAUGUAACAACCCUACACUCCUAGCGAAUUGUAGGCAUUUUUUAAAAGUUUAUAUUAAUUACAAGCUUUGCUCAAAAAAGCCCUUUGUGUGCUAUGAUAUUUAUGGCAAUUAAAUACGAAACUUUAUUAUUUAACUUAACUUAUAGACGCAGCAACAGCGUUCGGGGAAAUUCGUGGUUUCCGAAUUUUCCCGACGUUUAAUGUUUAUUCGCCACAUUUGUUGCGGAAUAAAUCUACUUCAGCGUAAUCCUGCAAUAGUGAUGCAGUUGGUGUCGUGUUUUCCGGAUGCAUUUCAACUGCUAUUUUGCAGUCGCAGUGCAGUCUGAAUGCGGCUCGUGUGACUAAACACUUACAAGUAUACUGUGUUGGACAAAAUAUGUUUAUUUAAAAAAUAAUAAUAUUCGAUGUACGACGUGUUUAUCUACAAAAGUUAUUCACAGAAGCAAUCCGCUUCGUGCG